AUGGGGGCUUUUUUAAACAAACCUGAGACUAAGAAAUACAAUGAGAGCGGGGAAGGUAACGGUCUGCGCUAUGGCGUGGCGUCAAUGCAGGGCUGGCGCGUGGAGAUGGAAGAUGCUCACCACGCUCAACUAACACUGAAUGGAACGUUGUCAGAUUGGUCGUAUUUCGCUGUUUUCGAUGGCCACGCGGGUGCCCGAGUGUCCGCGCAUUGUGCAGACAAUCUUUUAGAAUGUAUCUUACAAACUGAGGAGUUCAGACGGGACGAUAUAGCUGAGGCUAUACGCGCCGGGUUUCUCGAUCUCGAUAAAAAAAUGAGAGAAUUACCGGAUCUGUCAAAUGGAGUAGAGAAGUCUGGGUCGACAGCAGUCUGCGCGUUUGUAUCGCCUAAACAGAUUUAUAUAGCAAACUGUGGAGAUUCCCGAGCUGUUUUAGCCCGUAAUGGGGCACCCAUAUUUGCGACACGCGACCACAAACCUGAGUUACCAUCAGAAAAAUCGCGAAUUGUUCAAGCGGGAGGUACAGUAAUGAUACAGCGAGUCAAUGGGAGUCUAGCAGUGUCUCGUGCUUUAGGCGACUAUGAAUAUAAGAAGGUGUUGGAUCGUGGACCAUGCGAGCAGCUUGUCUCCCCUGAGCCUGAAGUAUCAUGUCAUGAACGACUAGAGUCUGAAGACGAGUUCUUGGUGCUGGCAUGUGAUGGAGUAUGGGAUGUGAUGAGUAAUGAAGCCCUUUGUGCAUAUGUACAUUCACUACUACAAUUAACAGAUGACCUUGUUGCUAUCACCAAUCAAGUAAUUGAUACCUGUCUCUAUAAGGGGAGCAAAGAUAACAUGAGCAUUGUGCUGGUUGUGUUUCCUGCUGCACCAAAGCCAGAUCCUGAAGCUCAGCGUGCUGACCGUGAACUCGAUGAAACACUUCGACAAAGGCUCACAGCGUUUAUUCAAGCCAACGCCGGUGCAGAUGACGAAGACGCCUCCUCGCGUUUCUCGCGAGUUCUUAAACAGUUGGUGGAGGAAAACAUCCCGGGCCUACCCCCAGGAGGCGGCCUAGCUGCUAAGCAAGGAUUACUGGACAAAAUCUACAGGGAGUUCUACCCGGAGCACACUGACAGCUCGGAGACAUUCGACUGUCAGACUGAGAUCGCCGAGUCCCUGGGUUCAAACUAG